CUCAUUGCGUGAGAGCUGGCAGACCCUCUUUGCUAAAUUUGUAAACGCACUUGGGUGCUUUUAUUUUGAAAAACGGAAGAGGAAUCUAUUUUGUGGAAAAAUAGGUCCAAACUUCCGGCUAGAUUUGGGUUUCGCAGGUCGAUAAAUAAUUUACUUUCCUGUUCAGGAGUCCUCGUCGUCAGGAAAAGUUUGCCACGUCCCAUCUGAGGCAGAAUACAGACGCUGUGAGUGGAUCAUCAGGCAGUCUCCCUAUGUCAGGCCGAAACGGGUCUGCCAGUGAGUCAGACUGCCGGAUCUCUGAGGACUGCAGCGUCCCAGAUGUUGAGCUGAUGGAGCUCGGGCCACUGCUGGAGGAGGGAGGGGGGCGGCAGGCGCCCUCUAAAGGUGUCCAUCCAGAGGGAGCAGCAAUGCUGGCUGAGGAUGACGAUGAGGAUGAUGAUGAGGUGGGAGAAGUUCUGACUUUACCUCUUCAGGCUCACCAUGCCAUGGAGAAAAUGGAGGAGUUUGUACACAAGGUUUGGGAGGGUCGCUGGAGGGUCAUUCCCUUCCAUGUCCUGCCAGACUGGCUGAAGGACAACGAUUACCUCCUACAUGGACAUCGACCUCCUAUGCCCUCCUUCAGGGCCUGCUUUGGAAGCAUCUUCAGAAUUCACACUGAGACGGGAAACAUCUGGACUCAUCUCUUAGGGUGGAUCUUGUUUGUUUGUCUGGGCACUUUAACCAUGUUGCGCCCCAACAUGUACUUUAUGGCACCACUGCAGGAGAAAGUUGUGUUUGGGAUGUUCUUCCUGGGAGCUGUGCUCUGCCUCAGCUUCUCUUGGCUUUUUCAUACUGUCUACUGCCACUCGGAAAAAGUGUCACGCACGUUCUCCAAGCUUGACUACUCGGGCAUUGCACUUCUAAUCAUGGGUUCCUUCGUACCCUGGUUGUACUACUCGUUCUACUGUUCCCCUCAGCCUCGACUUAUCUACCUCACCAUUGUUUGUGUUCUUGGCAUCGCCGCCAUCAUAGUUGCCCAGUGGGACCGGUUCUCAACACCUCGUCACAGACCUACAAGGGCAGGUGUAUUCAUGGGUCUUGGAUUAAGUGGCAUUGUUCCUACCAUGCACUUCACCAUCGAGGAAGGUUUUGUAAAGGCCACCACAGUGGGACAAAUGGGCUGGUUUUAUCUGAUGGGAGCCAUGUAUAUCACCGGCGCCGGCUUGUACGCAGCCAGGAUCCCGGAACGCUUUUUCCCUGGAAAGUGUGACAUAUGGUUUCAUUCUCAUCAGAUUUUCCACGUUCUGGUAGUGGCGGCAGCAUUCAUACAUUUCUACGGGGUUUCCAACCUGCAGGAGUUUCGCUACGGUCUGGAGGGAGGAUGCACAGAUGACACUCUGCUCUGAAAGUCCCGACUGUGACUUAAUUUUCUUUACAGCUUCACACACACACACACACACACACACACACACACAAAAUGCUGCUGGAAUUCGAUAUAGUCACUUAUUACUCCUGCUGUACUUUGGAUUUGCUUACAUCAUUGGGUUUUAUUGGUCUUUCUGCUUUGGCUUUUUUUUUUUUUUUUUUUUUUUUUGUGCUCCAGUAAAGUAGCAUUAACUAGCCAACAAAAGGAGGGAACAGACACUUCCUGUUACUAUGAUAACUUUGGUUCUUGGAGUUGGUGUUUCAAACUAAGAAAACUCUUAUUUUAACCACAAUCCUUCAUUCCUGGAACUGAUCGUUUCUUUAUAUAAUCUGUCUGUUACCCCAACGUCUUCAUAAUCUGUUACAGUUGCACAAAGAGUAAAGAGAGCAUUAAUUGUGCUAAAGCAAAUGUCACAAUCCGUAAAUGAUUCCCCAUCGUGUGCAGGCUUUAGGAUAAUGGCAUGUUUCACAGGAACAUGGUAUGCAGCAGUCCAGAGCAGUCACCAGAUGUUGUUUUGUUUUCUGUUGACAGUGAUUGUUAAUCUGUUCUUUUUCAAACUUCUGAUGACCACCAAGAACUCACUUUUCAGCAUUAAACUGUUCUUAAAAAACAAAAUUAGAUUUUUUUUAAAAUUGGGUUUUAAGGUGAAACUGGAACAUGUAUCCAGGCACUCCAAAGGAAAGAGGGUCUCUAGGCUUAGGAAGGGAUGCAACUUGUUAAUGCACACUAUUCCUGUUUAAAACUAAAUAAAUGAAUAAAUAUUUUGUAGGAUUUUAAAAGGAGGAAUUAUAUUGAAUUUUAUUGUAAUGACCAAUACUCCCAAAAUAUCACUUUUUAAUUCCUUAACGACACACAAAAACAGUUGUGAUUGUUUAAGAUUCAUUUGCAAAUUUCAGGUUAGACUUGGAUCAAAUGUACAAGCCAUCUUCUGUCAAUUGAAUAACAAUUCUGAAUCUACUAAAUGUUUUUUUUUUGUGUGUGCUGGAGAUUUUCUUUCUUUUGUGCUUGGUUUUAGAUGCAACAAGAGGUGUAAAUAUCAAGUGCACCUUACUGUAUUUGAAUAAAAUCCAGACUUUAAAUCACCAAAUGAGGUUUAAAAUGGGUUCUGUUUGAUUCCUAUAGUAUACUUGUGCCUUAGGCCAAUGGCAAUGUUUUUAAAUGAAAUGGCCUAUCUUCACAGUCGGGUGUGCAUCAAGUAUUUCCAAGUACUGACAUUUUUUUCCUUUUACAAAAAUACAGGAAAUAUACAAUCAAAUCAUAGUUAAAGUCUCAAGUCUGAGUGGUUGUAAGAAAUGCUGGUAAUCUUUUUUCUAGAAGAUCUUAUUCAAGCUUUAUUACAGAGACUAAAAAAUGUGUUCUUUUGACUUUGUGUAAUGUCCUGUGUAGAAAAAAGAUAAAUAAUAAAUUUCUCUGAAAUGACAACCUAAAUAUUUAUUAAUGGUAAUAUUGGAAAAUUAUUGUAAUAAAUUUUUUUCCACAUGUAAAAUAAUGGUGUUUGUUUAUUUUGAAUUACAUUUUUUUUCACUGCACAAGCCAUUAGAGAGAAGACUUGUUGGAUUUCUCAAAUGUAGAACUGCCUCUGUUACUGGACAACAGGAUUUAUCUUUCUCUUAUUGUUUAUUAUACAAAAAAUAUGUUGUCUGUUUAAAAUGAAGAAAAAUGGGUUUAUGUUGGUUACAAUUAUUUUCUUGUUUUCAUGCUAAAAUUGGAAACCACACUGGAAUUGUGUGAAGAGAAAUGUCAAAGUGCGAACAAAACUAUAAAACAUUCAAGGGUUUGAAGCACAAAGUACAGAAUGUUGUUUGUAUUCUGUUACUGAAUUUACUUGCUCACAUCUUACAAUUGAAACAUUAAAACAUUGCUAUAAAAAUCUAAAA